AUGAGUUACAGUUCGUUUUCUGACUUUCUGAACUUCUCAAGAGAAGCCAAAAACAUGUUAAGUACCAGUUCACUAUUGAAAGGAGAGACUGGUGACUACUCCUUCCACGCCGAUCAUCUCCACAUGGGAACUGGUCAACAGGCGAAAAGUGAAAGCUGUGAGUGUUACAGUAAUUUCAAACGCAUGCGCGUCGAGGUGAUUUUUUACUUCCUUUCUAUGGCCGGCGCCCCAAGAAAGCUUCAACAACACUUUGAGUCACUGACUGAUUUUCUGGCUACCUUUAUUUUUAAAGUAAAAAGUUUAAGCCAUGGAUGAAUCCAUUUCUGAAUGACUGUAAGACUAAAAUGAAUGGUUUAAUUGAUGAGCAAACGAUUUAUCUUCAUCACAUUCUCGCCCAGUGUAUUACGCCAUGUUGAAAUCUCGAGUUUUAAGCCUUGUUGAAACUGAUGCAUAUAAUACUGCAAUAAGCAUUCACCUCUUAGACCAUUGUAGGAGAAUUUUAUCAUUUUUUCUAAUGACCUCAUUUAAGCGUUAUUAGUACGUACCUUUGGUUUCACUAAGGCAAGGGUAGGGGUGAUAGCUCGUAAUAACUAACACUGGUGACAAAAAGAAGGAGGUUGUUUUGGCUCAUUUUCCAUGAUGGUAGAAAAGGCAUUAGAGAGAUUUAAAAUCAUGUCUACGUCAAACGACAAACGUGAGUUUGUACCACUUGACCAAGUUUUCCCUUUACUUGUCACUACACAGAAAUCAGUGGAUUUACACCAGUUCUACCCAAUGCAAAUGUUACGAACUUUUUUUAUCUUCUCAAUCAGAUUUUUAUCUUGAGAGUCUGACGCUUGCCAUUUACCGUAACGUGAUUCCAAAUCUCUCUAUUUAUAUGACAAAUUUUUGUUUUGGUCUUCAGGUGUCACGGCGGACUCAUGGGCUUCAUGUACCAAAACAAUGCAAAGCUUACUAGAGCAGUACAUGAACGAUCCGAAUUCCUUGUCCUCUUUCAAGCAAAUCAUGUUGGCUCAAAGCACUUUACAAACGAGCAUCAGCGAUGGAACAGAAAAUUCAAAGGAGCGGGUGUCUUGUGAAACUCCACCUCCUCUACUUCAUCGACCUUUUAAACGAUUUCUGGUGCAAAGUGACGCAGAUGCCUCUUCACCAGAAACGAAGCGACUACGACAAGACAAUGGCGAGAAUUACUCGCCAUCACUUUUCAAAAACUGUAGCAGUUUUCAGGAAGAAAUGUUUGGAAAGUAUCGGUCAAUUGGAAGCUCAUCAAAGCAGUUGCGUCCUCCACCACCUCUCAUGAAACAGACAGGAGUAGAAAGCAAUGGGCUGGAACAUUACAGACGUAGCCCACAGGAUCAUUUUAUUUUUACAAAAGAGACGUGCAAGCCGAAUGCUGAAAAAAAUAAUACCAUUCACAAUGGACAUGGUUCUAAAGAAAUCAGUGUUGAACUUUCGGCGACUUUUUCGCCAGCUUUAAAAGUAGACCCAGCACCAAGAGAAAUCGAAGGCGACUGUAUGUCUUCUCAUGGGGGCUACGCGUUUGAUCACACUUCAAUGCCAAAAAUAGUCGCAGUACAUUCCAUUUCAAAAAAGGGCGAAGAUACAGACGAAUGGGAAAGAAACAAAGCGUUCAUUGCUAAAGUGAAAGGUUCGCAAGCUAAGUCUGAGAGGAACAAUUCUCAAAUGGUCAGAUCUGCUUCUGAGCAAAUCAAAAGAUUAGCCGCCCAAGCUGCCUCUAAUGACAAAGACAUACAACCACCUACCGUCGCAAAUGAAAGAAAGAAGGCUUCGGAACAUGUUUCGUUUGAACGUUAUGUCCUGUACCAUCUUCUUUCCAAGUACCAGGGAAACGUCGACAAAGUCCAGCAUAUUCUUAAACAAAACCUGCUUCAAGAAUGGUUGUCCUACUGUCAAGGAAAUGCAGAUCCAAGGUUACAAACAUUUAGUGGGAUUAAUGUUUAUGAGCUUAGAAAACUCUACGAAAUUUGGUCUCAUUUACAAAGAACUAAACAGCCCACUGGCAGCCUUGUUCACACUACCUCAAAAGUUCAAAAGUCAAGUGGCUUACAAAGGCAAGACAAUUUAGUGUCUGCACAGAACCAGCCGGUUGGUUUUUCUGACUCUCAAAGUCCCGGAGACUUGCAGCAAUUCGAAGCAGCUUUUGCAAUGCAAAGACAGAAAACUGAAAAUCCUCAAAAUACUUCAAUCUGUUCAGCACGCGACCCUUCGAAAUUUGGACAACACAAUACAAAUGGGGUGAUUGCAGGCGUACGGAUGGAAAGUUGUUCAAACGAAAACAGUUCAGCCAAAAUUCAAGAAAAGUAUAGUGUUCUAUCACAAGAUUCAUUAAGAGGAACACCCCGCUGCAACUCUUCUUCUUCGCCAGUUGUGCCUAACCUUUAUCAAAACGAAAAUACAACUACACGAACUGUUUACUCUUCAACAUAUAAGGCCACCCCGCAACCAUCGCCUUUAAGGCACUUUUCAUUUCUGAACAAGGAAAAGCAGGCAACAUGUUCAUCGACUCUCGAAAGUUAUCGAGGAAGUAGCAUCAUUAAACCCUCCGUGACGAAAGAUGUUCCGGGUAGGUUAAGUAAUCAAGGUGGGGCCGGCGCAUUUUGGCACAAUGAAAAACAUGUUAACAUGAAUCUUUUAGAGGCUUCUCAAAAGAGACUGUCAAAUUCUCUGUUGCAAGAACAGGAGAGAGUUAAAAGAACAAACACUGCAUCUCUAACUCUGCUACGAAUUUCACAAGAAGCCUCAACACCAAAUCAAAACAAAUUGCUGCCUUCAGGAAAACAACCUCCAACACUAUUGGUCAAGGCGUCUCGAAGUAAUGUUCUUGGCAAAGUAAACCACGGAUCUGUUCAAUCACAUCAUCCUUCAAAAGAAGUCUGUCAGCUAAGAACAAAUAUUACCGAUGCUGUACGAAGUCAAGAAACAAAGGCUAAUUAUCUAUGGCGUUUUAAAGGCGGAAAGCUUAUUAGUGAUAGUAUUGACAAUGGAGAAACAACUGCUGAAGUUGACAUCCGGAAAAAAAUCGCGGAGUAUUAUAGUUGCAACAUUCAAAUAAGCCAAACUGAUGUUGAAAUACUCGAUGAAGAGCACAAGAAAGUGUGUGGAGCUGCUGCGAAUGGUCAGCGGUGUUACUGCAUUUUAGGCCACAAAGGUAACUUGCAGAACACAAAAGAGAAAACGAAUCCAAUUCAAGGUGAUCAAAAUACGAUAAAGAAAGCAGAACAAGACUCAGCGCUACGAGCCCUGUUACUUCAAAGUCAAGGUUCAAACAUGAAUUCCAAAACAUUGAGCAAUGCGUCUAUCAAUCCGUCUACUCAGUUACACUCACACAAUACACAAGGUUCUAAAAAGGUUCAUGAAAGUCUCAUAGAACGCUGUGUUCAUCCUUGUACUGUUCUUCAAGAUUCACCUAAAGGAAGAGCCAGUGUUGACCUAAAAGUAGCAGAGGACACCAGAAAAAACCAUGUUGACCUCACUAAUUCGUUCAAUACAUCUCGGGCGUAUGACAUUCAGAAGGCAAUGGGAAAUACACAAUUCAGCAAUGAGAACGCAGCUCAUUGCUCUAUUGACAGACACUAUGUCAACUGGAAUGGAGAGACACACCAAACUGUGCCCAGUUUUCAGGAUAAACCAUCAUACAACAGCUCUCAAAGUUCACAGGGAUUUCAGUUAUCUUCUCCCUGCUUUAGUCCCUGUAAUGAAGCAACCGGCCAAGCAUACCACAGACAGGAACUUCAGUCACUCAAUGCUGGGCUUAUCAAUUCUAGCGCUGUACAGGAAUCACAACCAUGCAGCACCAGUGUUCAGAUUACACAACGCAACUUGGCAUCAAAUGUGUUCAAUCACCGCCUUUCACCUUAUACGCAGCCAAUCCAAAACUCCAGGGCGAGUCCUACAGUUUCACCGCAGAAUUCACAAGAGAAUCAACUAGCUGAAACUUGCCUUACGAAACAGUACAGUGUACAGCAGACCCCUUUACCAAGCAAUACUCAACCUACUUCGCCUAAUGCUCAGAGAAAACAGCAAAUUUUAAAUCCACAAAAGUUUGUGUCACGGGAUAUAAACACAAAGCUGCAAUCAGAGGUCAAAUGCUCAUUCACUGCGCAUAAUGAGCAGCACUCUAGUGCAAGUCCCCACUGUUUACACAGUAACAGAGCAAAGCAACAGCCCAAUCCCAGCUUUCAUGUUUCAAGCAGUCCUGUUAGAACCCAACAAUCUUUCAACCGUUGUAAUACUCCAUCAUUUGUACACACUUCUAGACAGUGCAAUGCAAAUGUGAAAAUCUCCCAAUCUUCACAACCCUCUGUACCAUCAGUAAUAAGAAUAGCACCCAAAGUUAAUAAAACGACGAUACCAAACGAACAACCAGCAUCGACAUUAAAUUCCUCUCUUCCAAGAACAAGCGCGAAUAAAUCUGGACUCCUAACGGUUGCUAAAUUCGAAAAGUCAAAGGAGAGUGAAAAAACAAAAGAGAAACAGUCCAGUUUUCACUCACCUCUUUCACCUAGGAAGCCGCAAUAUAACUCUUUACAUCAGCUGGCUAAAAAGAUCGCAGAAACUCGUGAGAGAUUUCAGAUGGAAAAUAUCCCCUGGAAGAAGAAAAUUCUUAAAUCUCUUGAAGGAGUGUUGAUGAAGAAGUUAAAGAAAAUAGAGAAAGAAACAGGAGAAGAGGCUGAUCUUGGCAUGGCGGCGAUCGGAGGAGAUUCCGUGUCUGAGAAUACAACAUAA